UGCCGAGCGACGUCUCCCCCCUCCUUCGGGCCGCGGGUGGUUGAAAUUCAUUCGGCCCCGAAGCGCCCGACGCUGCGAUUGCCGAGUUUUACCGCGAGGAGUGACAUGCACGGAACUCGGCCGACUCGGUGAGCCUAACCUCGAUCCGGCGUCAAGGACGUGGAAACGAUUUUGUAUUUUCCCCCCGAACGGUGUUCCACCAGUUUUCUUUACGAGGGACGACUCGUCGCGUGAACCGGCUGCCGAAAUGGAGGCGACGGCCAAGCACGACUUCAAGGCGACGGCCGAAGAUGAGCUCAGCUUCAGGAAAAGCCAAGUCUUGAAGAUUCUCAACAUGGAAGACGAUAUGAAUUGGUACAGGGCGGAAUUGGACGGAAACGAAGGAUUGAUACCUAGCAACUACAUCGAGAUGAAGAACCACGACUGGUAUUAUGGCAAAAUUACAAGGGCAGAUUCCGAAAAGCUACUGUUAAAUAAACACGAAGGAGCAUUUUUAAUAAGAGUUAGCGAAAGCUCCCCUGGUGACUUUUCUCUAUCUGUAAAAUGUUCUGACGGAGUUCAGCACUUUAAAGUUCUUAGGGAUUCACAAGGGAAAUUUUUCUUAUGGGUUGUUAAGUUUAAUAGUUUGAAUGAAUUAGUAGAAUAUCACAGAACGGCUUCGGUGUCGAGAUCGCAGGAUGUUAAAUUAAGGGACAUGGUCCCUGAAGAGUGCCUGGUACAAGCAUUAUACGAUUUCACACCGCAAGAGGCUGGUGAACUUGGUUUCAGACGAGGCGACGUCAUAACAGUGACAGAUCGGUCGGACCAACACUGGUGGCAUGGAGAAAUUGGGCCCCGAAGAGGCCUCUUCCCUGCCACAUAUAUCACACCUUACCACUGUUAGUACAGGGCGGUUGAACAUCGCAGUACAAACGUAUAGGAGGAGCAAAUGAGAGAGGCAAUGGACUGUGAGAGGCAUGAUGAGCGAGCACCUAAGAAACCUCGGCAUAUUCCCCCCCCCCUUCUGACUCACUUGAAGCAGCGGAUCUUUAAAACGAUUUCUGUAUCAAGGCGAAAAAUUUAGUUCUGCAUGGUUACUGCAAUUUGGACAUUUCAUUUUACAGGAGGCCUAUUCAAAAUAAGACUGAAGUUAUCGGUACACUUUUCUACAAGGGUGUAUAUGUAAAUAUGGACAAUCUUAGAUUGAACAGAACGGGGAAUCUUGUGUUGCCAAUUUUAUUUUUGAUAUGAGUAUUUUGUCUACCUUACCAUUUCAGGUGACUUGAUAAGUUACCAACAUAAGCAAUACUUGUCAAAGAAUGCUUUAAAACAGAAUUAUAAGUUAUUAUAAAUGGGAAUUAAUUAAUUAUUCAAAGUUUCAUAAAAAAAAAAUGAAUUAUGUUGUUCAGAAUUUUAAACUACUUGGAUUUUAUUUACAAGCAAUUAUUGAGAUUACAAUUUAUUAUUAAUGCUUAAGCGUUUUAAAUUAAUUUGUACAAUUUUAAUUAUUCUCCCAUAGCAGAUUGAAUAUUUUUUUUUUAAAGUUUACAUUUAUUAUAUAAAGAAAAGAGCAUGAGUGUUGCUUAAGUGGAUUUGUGUGACUGAUGUUUAAAAUAUCUUAGUUCACCUACUUUAUCAGAGUAAGCAUCCAAAAACCCUCGGAAGGUGUGCGGUCAAAGACUUAGCGUUGCGUUUCUAGAUUU